AUGAAGACAUAUGUAUCCUGCUGCUGCCCAUCCCUGAUCCCCAGCAGGGAAACGGCUCGUUUCUACCUGCUUUUCGUGCUCAUCGCUCUGUACAUGCUGGCCGGCGCGGCCAUGUUUUCCUCCUUGGAGAGAGGAGCGGAGCUGGAGGCCCACCGGCUCUGGGACACGAGGCUCAGCGACUUCAGUCAUGAGUAUAAUAUCAGUUGUGAGAAUCUGAAAUCUCUAUUGCGCCACUAUGAAGAGGCGAGGGCCGCGGGCAUCCGGUCCAAACCAGGCAGAGCCUUGUGGGACAUCCCAGGUGCCUUCUACUUCGUGGGAACUGUCCUCUCCACCAUUGGCUUUGGAGUGACGGCCCCCUCCACUGGGACAGGGAAGGUCUUGCUGGUUUUCUACGGGUUGCUGGGCUGCUCGGCCACCAUACUCUUCUUCAAUCUCUUCCUGGAGAGAGUCAUCACGUUACUGAGCUCGCUGAUAUUCCGAUGCCGCGGAAGAACUGCACGCAUCGGACCGGGGGGCCGAGCCAGUGAAGGCAACAAAAAUGAAGAACCGAAACCAUCCGUAUACCAAGUCACGCUCAUCUUUUCCGUCGUCGCUCUGCUGGUUACAUGCGGGGCUGCCGCUCUCUAUUCGGCCAUGGAGGGCUGGACUUACACGGAGUCCCUCUACUUCUGCUUUGUGGCGUUCAGCACAGUGGGCUUCGGGGACUUUGUCAGUGGCCAGAGAGAGCACCAUGAGCACACCUGGGGAUACCAGGUUGCAAAUUGUCUCCUGAUACUCUUGGGGGUGUGCUGCACGUAUUCCCUCUUUAACACCAUCUCUGUGAUCGUCAAACAAUGGCUGAACUGGGUGCUGAGAACAAUAGCUUGGAUGUGUCGCUCAGUAGCAUUCUGCAUGGGCUCCAACUGA